UCGAGAUAGUGACUCAGAGAGGAAGGAAGGGAAGAAUAAAAAGACCAAAAAAAUAGUCAAGUUUUGCAUAGGGAUUGUUGAGUUAAAUAAGAAAAUAAUUAUCUUGAUUUGUUUUUAGUUGAAAAAGACCAAAGCACUGAGCAGAGGCUUGUCCAUUUUCAGUUUCUUUGUCAGCAGAUUUUUGAUCAAGUUGUUUCAAUUUCGUUGGUAAAUCUAAUUCUUGAUAGAUGAUGAAGAACAUUGAAGUUCAGCAUAAUGGAGGAGUCUCCAAAUCGUCUAAUUUAUUUGCAGGGAAGGAAAGAGUUGAUGAAGCUUUGGGGGUGUUGAAAAUUGAGGACAAUGGUGAUGACACUGGAGGUGCCUAUGGAGCGGUUUGUUUUCCUGAUCGUCCUGGUGAGCCUGAUUGUAUAUACUAUUUGAGGACUGGGAAAUGUGGUUAUGGAAGUAGAUGUCGGUUCAAUCAUCCUUCAUAUUCCAGCCAGGGGCAUCAGAAUUCUGGUGUACUUCCAGAAAGGGAGGGAAAACCUGAAUGCAGGCACUAUAUAAGGACAGGUAUCUGCAAAUUUGGAUCAGCUUGUAGAUAUCAUCACCCGCAGGAUAGACAUAAUUCUGAUCCACUCUUGUUGAACAUUUGGGGGUUUCCUAUGCGUAAGGAUGAAAAGCCGUGUCCUUAUUAUAUGCGAACUAGUACGUGCAAAUUUGGAGUAAUGUGCAAGUUUGACCAUCCGCAGCCUGUAUCUGCUGCUAACGGCUUACAUGUCACAGGAUCUACUGCCUAUGGAUCUACGACCUUAGCAUUUAUGACCUCAUCUAGCAUACCCUAUGUAGGCGGAGUUUCAGAUUUAUCAAUACCAAAGACAAAUUCUAUAAUCAAUCCAUCUGUGCAAGGUUCCCAAUCUUAUAUGCCUCUUUAUCUAUCACCUUUUCAGUGUUGGAGUACAUACAUGGGAACCAUGGGUGGCUCUUCUAUUUUGGAUGAUCUUGCCGAUCAAACUUUUGGUGGUCAGAUACCUCUGUUGUCCUCAUCAUCUCACCAACCUGACAGACCUGAUCAACCUGAAUGCCAUGAUUUUGUCAAUACUGGGAGCUGCAAAUAUGGAGCAGACUGUAAGUACUAUCACCCAAGAAAUAAGGUUGCUCCAACCACAUCAAAUUUGUUAGGGCCACUUGGUCUCCCUCUACGACCUGGGCAAGCUGUAUGUUCGUACUAUGCUAUGCAUGGACUCUGCAGAUAUGGUCCUACUUGCAAGUAUGAUCACCCUUUGGCAGGAUAUGUCGGUGUCCCUUCCCUAGUAUUUAAUACAUCUGUCUUGCCAUAUCAGUGGAAUUCACCCACCGUACCCUCGACUGAGACAUCUCCCUCAAUGUCAUCUAAAUUGCCUGACCUUUCGAGGAGCUCUGAAGUUACAAUGCAGAAAGGACAGAAUUCAAAUACUGAAAAACUUCUGCAUAUCGGUGCCCCACCAAGUACUUCCCAAAGACCUUUAGAAGUUCAACAAGAUGAAUCCGAUUGAAGUCACCUAUUUUUCCCUUCUCUCCUGCCGUCUGUUUCAUAUUCAUUACCUUUAUAAGGUCUACAAUGGCAAAAAAGAGAAGGGAGAGAUAAACUAUUUAUCUUCAUAAAUUGACAGUUGAUGAAUUGUAGCUGAUUCCUCCAACAUGUUUUUGUCUCUCUGAAAGGGCAUGGGGUCAUCAUUCUUUCUCCCUUGGUGUCCUUCCUGGAUUCGCAUUUUUGUUCUCUUUCUUCUCUUGAAUUUUCUUCAGUUUUGCAGAGGAUAGUGAACUGUGUCUUGUGAGUGGACGGAAUUGUUGGAAGUCUAUACAGACUUUACCUUUUUUU